AACGUAAACACGGUCCCCACGGAAUUGUCACUGUCGAGAACUUUGUCACGUAAUUCGACACCUUUGCUAUUGCGUUCUCUCCCAAUGGACGGCAAGACGCUGCUCCCAUCGAGCUCCUCCCGCAGAAUGGUUUCCUUCAAAGGAGCCACCCAGGUUCAUGUCACCACGCUGGACGAAGUCGUAGCUGUGAAUUCCUUCUUCACCAUAGCUGUGUUCUUGGGCCUCUCGUUCUCCAGCACCAAAGCAGCCGCUUUGGAAACAGACUGCCCCGUCGGACCCGAUGCAGUGAAGUACCUUUUCCUUUACGAAGUUCUCGCGUUUGCUUCCUUCCUAUUCUCAAGCCUUGUAGCUCACGGACUCAAGCUCUACAUCAUAUUCGCCAACAGCACACACAUCGAAGAAUCCCAGGCCGCGGAGAUUAACAACCGCCUCUUGAGGCUCGGAAUGCUGGCGUCGGCCAUAGGCUCUGUCGCUGGGACGAUCUUCCUCAUGCUGUCUAUGAUUAGUCUCAUCGAGCUGAGGUUGGGGCCUUUUAGUUGUGAUAGCAGCUGGACGGAACGCGCUGGAAUCCCCCUCAUAGUUUUGUCGGCCUCUGGUCUCCUCAUCUUCAUCUCAUCUGUUCUCUUUGCUUUCAUCGAACUCUAAUGCGAAUUCUACAAAACUUUUGGAAAAGAAA